AUUACCCGGACCUGCCGUUAGCCCUACACCACUCACAUAAAUAUAGAGAGAGUAUACAUAAAGGAGACACAUCAUCUGCACACAACCAUUUUUCUUGAAACCUAAAAAUAGCUCAAUAACAUCAACAUCUCCAACUACACCAGAGCCCACCAUUUCAAUGGCAAAUUUCUCCUCAAAAAAACCAUUAUUAAGGCUGACUUUCAACUAAUCCUAUUGAUUUUUUUGGCCUUCCCUUUACCUCUUUUUUCGCAAAUCUUCAAACGAUAUUUUAGCCUUUUUUUUGGUUUGAUUUUUUGCAAAUUUUGAAUUACCAUCUGAUGUUUUGGCUUUUUGAUCGCAAUUUGGAAUCACCCUUUUGAUAAAGUUCGGUUCUUUUUCAUAUAUUUGGUUAAAGUUUGCAGAAUCCAUGGCCGGCAUCGCUACCGCCGGCGAAACCAGCACCAGCAGCAACCUAGCGCCGACGAGAAGUCUGGGAAAGAAGGAAAAUCAGGGGCUUCUGUUGGGCAGGUACGAAAUUGGGAAAUUACUAGGGCAUGGUACUUUUGCUAAGGUGUAUCACGCUAGGAAUGUGAAGACGAAUGAGAGCGUAGCAAUUAAGGUGAUUGAUAAAGAGAAGAUCUUGAAAGUGGGUCUUAUUGAUCACAUAAAACGUGAGAUCUCAAUUCUCAAGAGAGUUAGACACCCAAAUAUAGUUGAAUUGUACGAAGUUAUGGCUACCAAAGCCAAAAUCUACUUUGUCAUGGAGUAUGUCAAAGGCGGUGAGCUCUUCAAUAAGGUUGCCAAAGGCAGGCUUAAGGAAGAAGUUGCUCGGAAAUAUUUCCAGCAGUUAAUCUCUGCUGUCGCUUUUUGUCACGCCCGUGGUGUUUACCAUAGGGACCUAAAGCCAGAAAAUAUACUGUUAGAUGAAGAUGGGAACGUCAAAGUUUCUGAUUUUGGCCUGAGUGCCAUUUCAGAGCAGAUAAAGCAAGAUGGGCUCUUUCAUACUUUCUGUGGUACCCCGGCUUAUGUGGCGCCGGAGGUGUUAGGUAGAAAGGGUUAUGAUGCAGCUAAAGUUGACAUUUGGUCAUGUGGGGUGAUACUCUUUGUGCUAAUGGCAGGGUAUUUACCAUUUCAUGAUCAGAAUAUUAUGGCUAUGUACAAGAAAAUAUAUAGGGGUGAAUUUAGAUGUCCCAGGUGGUUUUCACCUGAAUUAACUCGGUUUCUAAAGCACCUUCUUGAUAUAAAUCCCGAAACCAGGAUCACCGUUCAGGAGAUUAUGAAUAAUAGGUGGUUCAAGAAGGGUUUUAAACAUGUCAAAUUUUAUAUUGAGGGUGAUAAGCUGUGUAGUAUAAAUGAUGAUGAGUAUGGUGGGAUUGAUUAUUCGUCUGAUAGAUCAGAGUCUGAAUCUGAAAUAGAGAUCAGAAGGAGGUCGGCUAGUUUGCCUAGGCCAGCUAGCUUGAAUGCAUUUGAUAUCAUUUCAUUUUCCCGUGGCUUUGAUUUGUCAGGUUUGUUUGAGGAGGGAGGAGAUGGGGCAAGGUUUGUAUCUGGGGCUCCUGUGCCCAAGAUCAUCAAUAAGUUGGAGGAAAUUGCUAAAGUUGUGAGCUUUGCAGUAAGGAAGAAGGAUUGUAAAGUGAGUAUGGAGGGAUCUAAGGAGGGUGCAAAGGGGCCGUUGACAGUUGCAGCUGAGAUAUUUGAGUUGACGCCAUCGUUGAGAGUUGUUGAGGUGAAGAAGAAAGGAGGUGAUAGCAUGGAGUAUGAGGAGUUUUACAACAGGGAAUUGAAGCCAGGAUUACAGAAUUUAGCUCAUGAAGUUGGAUACCCUGUUGAUUCAUCACAUUUGCCAUCAGAUACUGAAUAGAGAGAGAGAAGGGGAAAGGGAAGCGCUGUAUUACAGAUUGAGCUUCUCAAUAUUGUAAGGCCAGCGAUGAUGUCCCAUAGGUUGUGAAUGCAAUAUGCUUGAGUGCUCUUGUUUUGUGCAACUUUCUUUAGUCAGUACGGACAAGAAGCAGGUGUUGUCUAAGUUGCUUGGACUUGGGGGAACGGAUGUCCAAUACUGGUGCUGAUCUAGAGGUCGAAUGCUUCAUGAUCUAAAUUUUAAUAUUUGGGGAUAUGGAUCCAGGCAUUGAUACGAGUGCUAGGAUUCAGUUAAAAAUAAUUCAAAUAUCUACAAAUAGAGUUAUAAAACCUAAAUUAUAUGAUAUUACGUGGAAAACAUGAUGAGAAAUUGAUAAGAGGAGAAUCUUGAAAGGAGAUAAAAGGAAAAGGAGUAGCAUAGAAAUUUCUAUAUACAAGGUAUUUAAUUUUUUUCAGUUUCACCUUAGGUUUUGUUUUGAUUACAGAAAUCAUUCAAUCUGUCGAUUUUGGUCAUAGUAUCCAAAAUCGGUUGACCAGGUUGGGUACAGAUUCCCUACUCACACCCAUGUCGUGUCGACAUGGGCGCGGCACCAAAAGUGAAGAGUCGGAGCAACUUAAGGCGUAGCUAUCACCAUCAGGCAUUUGCCAUUGGUUGUACCGCAUGAAACAUUUAUUGAAUAAACAGCAACUUUUGCUAAUAACAUCUGCACAAUAAUUUCACAAAUAUUUGAUUAACUUCUCAUGGAAUCAAUUUUUGAUACUUGC